AGAACAGAGGGGACCGAGCACGACCUCGGGGUGGUGUUCAGCAGUUUCAGAAUUUAGUUGCCUCUCUGCUAUUUUGGUACCCACUAUGUUACGGAGUGGACAUUGAGAUCGUGGAAGCCAUUAUUGUUUUCACUUUGAGCUUGGUCCUCGCAUCUUCCUUCGAAUCUUUGCAGCUUGACGCAGAUCUGAUUGGCAUUGGUGGGGCCGGGUAGUGAUGUCGACGAAGUCAUUUCUGAUCCUACAGCUGCUAGUUUCUAUGUUCAGUUUCUUUUCUAAAGAACAAUGCAACUCAGCUAGUGAUCCUAAAGACGAAGACCUCUGCAUCAGAGAUCGAUUGCAGAAACGAAACAAGGUUGCCAGGUCUAUACUGGAACAGAUAUCGACUGUAUUUAAGACAAUCAGUCUUGAUGGAGUAUGCUGUGGAUGCUGCGUUCGAAGGAGCUGGUCAAGCACCUGGAACGGAGAUAUGGCGUAUCGAAGACUUCUCUCCUGUACCUCUACCUAAGGCUGACUACGGAAAGUUCUAUACAGGAGAUUCUUACAUUUUCCUGCAGACAACCAAAACGAGCAGCGGAGCUCUGAAAUACGAUCUACACUUUUGGCUUGGUAAAGAUACCAGUCAGGAUGAGGCUGGAACCGCAGCUAUUAAGACUGUGGAGUUAGAUACACACUUGGGAGAUAAAGCAGUACAGUACAGGGAAUGUCAGGGUCACGAAAGUGAUCUCUUUCUGUCUUAUUUCAAGUCUCCCAUCAUUCCGCUUGAUGGAGGCGUUGCAUCAGGAUUUAAAAAGGUAGAAGCUGAGGUAUUUGAAAACAAGCUCUUUGUCAUCAAAGGAACCCGAGCUAACACGCGAGUGACUCAGGUACCCGUUGCUCGAGAAUCUCUCACUCAUGAUGAUGUAUUUAUUCUGGACACAAAAGACAAUAUAUUCCAGUUCAAUGGAGAAAAGUCGAGCAUUUCAGAAAGGGGAAAAGCUAUGGAAGUUGUCCAGCAGUUGAAGGACACGAAUCAUGACGGCAGCUGUGAUGUUGUUCUUAUUGAUGAAGAUGGAGCGGAAGCUGAAGCAGAGCAAUUUUGGGCUGUUUUCGGAGGUGUUGGUCCAAUAGGAGAGAAAUCUACCGAGGAGGCAGCUGGUCCAGUGAAGCUUUCACUUGUUGUAGAUGGAGAUUUGAAGGAAGUUGAAGAGGCUACUCUGACAAAAGAUACCUUAGACACCCAGAGCUGUUAUUUACUUGAUACUGGGAGUGAUGUUUAUGUGUGGCUCGGUCGGGGAAGCACUCUUCAAGAAAAGAAGGCUGCCACACUAGCUGCCGAGAAAAUCAUUUCAAGCCAAAAGAGGCCUUCUUUUACCCGUAUCACGAGGGUUACAGAGGGCUAUGAACUUCCUGUGUUCAAGUCUUUCUUUCAAGAAUGGUCUCAAACGGAAUCAGAUGAGUGAAGGCUGCUUACAAGGUUAUUUCGUGGGAGGUUGCAAUUCUGGUCAUCCCUGACUUCGAUGGCAUUUCAUUGAUUUACAGCGUGUUCUCUUGUGGAAGCACUCGUCACUUAUGCGAAGCUUUUUAGGCAGGGCUUUUUAGGCAGAUCCAAACUCCCGAAUGGAAUAUUUCUGGUUCACCGUAUUGGUCAAUAUUAGGAGCUCCUCAUUAUUAGUGUGAAAAUUUUAUCAGGUGCUGGCCUAGACCAGACAGGACUCCAUUCGUUAAAGGUUUACGCUUGUUGACCAUCUAGAAAGGACUGGUUCAAGCUGGUCAAAGCUGUGUUUACAUAUGAGCCCUUUCCGACUCUAAUGAAACAGUCUUCUGUUCUAGGG